AUGGCUGCUACUUCAUCAUCAUCUGGUGCACACGUGCGUUCAACAAGCUGGCCCGAAAACGUUCAUCCUCUGUCACGAUCCAUCGAAGAUCAUCUUCUGAUACUUAAGAAAAGUCCAGAGUCUGCUUGUCGGAAACUCGGAGUUUUAAAGAACAUGUACGAGGUUGUCGAAGUUUUCCUCCGUUUUCAAUGGACAAAAACUCAAAAAGCGUUUCUAGAAGAUGUCUCCGACGGGUUUCUCGAGGUUCUUGAUAUCUGUUACACGAUCAGAGACGUUUUGAUGGAGGCAAAAGAGCAAGUCAGAGAACUCGAGUCGAGCUUGAGGAGGAGAGUGAUCAGAAGCAAAUCAGGAGGAGAUCAUGAUGCAUUCUUGACGCGUGAGAUCGAUGCAUACGUGUUUAAGAGAAGAGUCUUGAGCAGAAAGAUCGGUAAACAGUUGAAGAUGAAAAAUAAGAAGAAGAAGAAAGAUUGUGGAGGUGCCAUUAAUGUGAUGAAGAAAGUUAAGGAGACGAGUUUCGAUGUUCUUGUUUCUUUGUUGAUGGAAGUGGUGACGAUGAAUCAUAAGCAGAUAUCAAGAAGUGGUUGUAGAGGAAUCAUGUCGAGGAUAUUUAACAAGAAGAAUCAAGAAGCUGAAGGAGAUGAGCUGAAAAAGCUGAGAGAAACAGAGCAAAUGAUUGAAGCAACAGAAGGAGAGUUGGAGUGUGUGUACAAGAAAUUGUUGAAGACAAGAGUUUCGCUUCUUAACAUGCUUACUCUUUGA